CAGCAAACCUCCAAGUCUCCAACCAGCCAAAGCCUUCUCCAACUCUCCGAGCCUUGUAGUCUCCGAGCAGGCAUGGCAACUUUGAAUCGCAGCCAUUGACAACUUGAACAACCUAAUGACCGUGUGAUCCGCUUCGUCGCUUUGUUACAUGAGAUAACAUUGUCUCAUUAGCCGAACUUCGUAGCGCAUUUCCAGUGCUGGCUGUCGUGUCGACUGGUUCUGUUGUGGAACCGGUACGUUUUUAUCACGGUCCUUACGCAGAUACUUGCCUUGAGUUCCCGUUAUCAUGAAGCGUGCGUAACGUCGUCAGUUUAUCUUCGGCAUUUUGCAACCGGAGAAGUCGUAACCUCUUGAAUGGUAGCGGGUUUGAAUCCGGGAAGGCGGCGAAUUCACCAUCGCGGUGCCAUGGGGUUGAUGCGGACGCCGACGAAGAAGGCUUCGGGAGGCGUCUUUCGUUUCGGCCUCAGAUUUUUUAUCCUCCUUUUCUUCGUCGUUAUGAUCGUCUUUAUCUCGGAGGCCGGAAAGCUCGCCGACAGACAACGGAAGACAGAAUUCGAAGAGCUGAGAGAGCAGUCGCUGAGGAAGAUCCUGAGGCAGCACGAGAUGGAGAUUCAGGCAGCCAUCGACAACAACAUCGGCUGGUUCUCGCGCUAUCUCUCCAGACUUCGUCUGUCAUCCCGUGCUGGAGCCGGAAGAGAUGAGGACGAUGACGACGACAGCAGCAGCUCGUCGUCACACUCAGCCUCCGCUACAGUCACCCUCGCUUCUGGCACGUCUGAGGGGGGCGUGCAUGGCGGAGAGGCAGCGGAAGGCGGAGGAGCUGGGGGGGUGGCGGGCGGUGGGGGGGAGGAUGGAAAAGGAGGUGGUGAGGGGAGAGGAGGGAAGAAGAAGGGGAAGGAGCAGGACCUGUCGAACCUGAACAACAUGGACAUGCCCAUGCACAAAGUGCACGGGAAACUGGAACCCUGCCUCCCUCUGCCGCCCGAGCCGGAGCUCUCUCACCUCGAGCUGCCCGAGCCGCUGCCCGACACAGUGGUGAAGCGCCUUCGCUACUAUCACAUGGACGAGGACGCCAUCGAGAUCGAGACCACGGCAGGCGCCCGGCAGGGGCAGCUGGGACGAACCGUCCAGCUGGACAUGUUCUGGGGAAAGCAAACCAUGGGGGAGAGGGCCAAGAGCUUCCGGGUGCAGGAGAGUAUGGAGGUGCACUGUGGGUUUGCGGGGCCCAACACGGGGUUUACUGUGGCAGAGAAGGACCAGAGGUGGCUGAAGCGGUGCCAGGUGGCGGUGGUGACGGCCAUAUUCGGGGGAGGUGACAUCCUGGUGCAGCCCAUUGGAAUGACUCAAGAGUCCCUGGAUAAGGUGUGCUACGUGGCGUUCUGGGACGACGUGACAGCAGCGGCGCAGGCGGAGGCAGGGGUGGUGCCGGACCCAGCCACCAUGAGAGUGGGGCUGUGGCGCAUUGUGAUUGUAAAGGACCUGCCAUUUGUGGACCAAAGGAGAAACGGGAAGAUCCCAAAGAUAUUGGCUCACCGUCUCUUCCCCCGUGCCCGCUUCUCCAUCUGGGUCGACUCCAAGUACCAAUUCCGCCGCGACCCCCUCGGGGUGCUCAACGUGCUGCUGUGGCAGCAGCAGCCGCGGGCGGAGUUUGCCAUCUCGGAGCACGGGGCUAGGAGCUGCAUCUACGCGGAGGGGGAGGCGAUUGUGAGGAAACACAAGGCGCAGCCGGAGGAGGUUGCAGUGCAGCUGAACCAGUAUCGCACUGAGGGGCUGCCGGUUAAUGCCACCUUCAACGGGAAGAAAGCCCUGGCAGAGGCGUCCAUCAUAGUGAGAGAGCACACUGCAGCCACGAACCUGUUCAUGUGCCUGUGGUUCAAUGAGAUGGUCCGAUUUACUGCUCGCGAUCAACUUAGCUUUGGCUACACGCUCCGACGGCUCAACCUGGUGAAACCAAUUAUGUUCCCUGUGUGCACACGACGUGCUCUGGUGAACGCCCUUGGCCACAAGCGUAAGGCCAAGCCCCUGACUCAUGCAGUGUCGUGAAAGCUGUUGGUGAUAUAAAAUGUAUUUCUCAUCAUUGUGUAAUGGAUGAGUACAUUUUUUU